GGAUUUGUCUCCUAAUUGACAGAAGGGUUUGAAACGUGUAGAAGAACAAGUUAGAGAGACUGAGUUUGUGAUUGAAAAAGGAAACAAAAAAAUGUUAAGGACAAAAUUGGUUUUCGUAUUUGGAUUGGUUCUUGUGUUGGUGGGUGCCCAGCAAGAGCCAGCCGCAAGGCCAAGACCUUCUCAAACUCCAAGAUCAUCGGGAAGCUACAGUGAUUUCCCAGGCUCACUUGUGGCCAACAAUCCAGUACAAACAAACAAUGGUCAAAGUAAAGUAGGACCUACGAGUAUUCCUUCUCGUGUAGUUAAACAGUUUGCUGGAUCUAUAGUUAUUCCAGCAUCAUCGAGUAGCUACAGUUUGAUACCUAGUAAUGUUGGACCUAAAAGUGUUCCAAAACAAUCUAGUAGUUUCAGCGCUGUGCCAAAGUCUGUUCAAGGCAUACCAGUUUCAGCUGUCGCUGCAUCUGAACUGGCACAGGGCAUUGUGAAACCGAAACCGCCGCUUAAAACUGGGACAGACACGUGGACACCAAUGGGAUUCACUGGUAAUGGGAAAACUUAUGAGGCUGCAGCAGAAAGCAGUUCUCAACAAUUGCCAUAUGAUGCGAGCCAAAGUAAGCAAACGAUCGGGGAACAGAUUAUGCAAAGACAACAGAAACAACAACAGCAACAACCACCACAACAAUAUGACAUAUUCGGAUUUCCUGUCAAUAAUUCACCAGGAAUAUCGCAGCCUGAAGUCAUGUCAAAACCAGGUCUUCUUGAAAUUAUCACCCAUUCAAUAGAUGCUCAAAGAAACAGGCACCGAUAUCGUCGACAUGCUGCACGCAUCAACGCUAAUGGGAUAGUCUAUGAUAAGACUAAACACUUCCAUCCACCAAAACCACCAAAAGAGAUAGGACUUCCAGUGAAAAGACGACGACCACCCCCACCACCAGCAUUAAAAGAAGAAAUGUUCCAAAGUCAGUAUCAAACACAACAUGCAAGUGCUAAAUCUCAGUCAAGUUAUUCGAGUGUACAACCAAUCAAAGAAACUGCAAAACCAAAUAUAGAUAGUCAGAGUAAUAACAAGAAAGUAGUCGAUUCUGUAAUAAAGCAUAACCUAGCGCCGAGCCCAGUAACUCCAGGCACUACAAUGCCACCGCCAACAAAUGCUCCAGUACAACAAACACAAAAUAACGGAAAAGCGGGCACAGAAGCCCCGCAAGAAGCGGCAGCCAAUCAACAUGAAGUGGCAGAAGGUCCUACUGAAGCUCUACGUGCUGAGGCAGCUCUGGAACUUGAAGCAUUGCUAAAUUAUGCACAAUCAGCCCACGCUCAUAUGCAUGCGCACGAGCAAGCGCCGCACGAGCACACACAUGCGCACGAACAUCCAGAAGAAAUACAAACAGGUACUCCAGUUCCAACAAAAAAUGCAUACAAAGCAACUACAAAGACAAUUAGUACUAAGCCGCCUAAAGCCUACGGAUCACAAAGCACUAAAUCUUCUGCAAGUACCAAGGCAGACGCUAAUGGACCUCCUGCGGAAUUGGAAGCUAAGUUUAGUUCGAUGUUCAAUGCCUGGUACAAAGCAAAGUUCGGAACUUCGAAGACUACUAAGCCAACAACACCUGCUGCACCGAAAUACGCUACAGUAAAAAGCAACAAGCAAUCGAAGAAGACGUCUGCAAGCACGGGAUAUACAAAAACCAAGACGAUUGGCCCAAAAACAAACUCAGUCGACAAAAACGCAUUGUUCGAAGAGUUUAUGACAAUGUUUCAAGAUCAACUAUACGGAAACGAACCAGCGCCAACGACUGCACGCCCAACAAAGGCAAAAUAUGGUACACCAAGUCCAAAACCUACAAAGGCAAAAUAUGUUACACCAAGUUCAAAACCUACAAAGGCAAAAUAUGAUACACCAAGUCCAAAACCUACAAAGGCAAAAUAUGUUGCACCAAGUCCAAAACCUACAAAGGCAAAAUAUGGUACACCAAGUCCAAAACCUACAAAGGCAACAUAUGUCGCAUCGAAAGCGAAAACAGCAAAGACCACACGUGGAGUACCAAAUACAAAACCAACAAAACCUGCAUAUGUUGCAUCAAAAGCCAGCCCCACAAAAGCCAGUCCCAUACAACCAAAAUCAGGUUCAUCGGAGCCAGGUGCAACAAAAGUCAAAUUUGGCCCGCGAAAACCAGGCACAUAUGCAAAACCAACAACACAGAAAACCCCUGCAGCCACGGAAACGACAACUAUUAUAAUUGAUCCAACGAAAGUAGAGCUAGUUAAUAUGACACAUCCUGUAAACUUAUCACUUCCAUUGCCUGAACCAACAGGAACAGCUCCGCCUGCAACGAGCGUAGGAGAGCCACAUCCACACCCGCAUCCACAUCCACAUCAUUCUAGAAAAGUUAUUACUAGAAAACCCAAACCUAAAGUCACAGUUGGGACAACUACAAUGCGGCCUAUGGUCGACCCUGAUAUUCUAGCCGAUAUCAAUGAAGCUAGAGUUGCGCAAGGGUUACCUGAGCUCAAACCUAACCAAGUGGACGUACAAGGGAACCUUUUACCAUUUUACAAACGCCAAAUGAGGAUAGGAAGGUUACCGGCAAGACCCCAUCCUUUACACAAUCCAGGCGGAAUGCAAUACCAGCAACAAAUGAUGCACGAGCACCCACAUCAAUAUCAAAUGCCGCACCAACAUCAGCAUCCAGAGCCAGGACUGGGGUCAGGUUUUAACAGCUUUCCAAAUAUGUUAUACCCCCAUCUUACUAACAACGGGAGAGCUAUGACCUAUACACCUUUCCCGCGACCAAAGAUUCCCGCCGUGCCUGGUCCUGCACCAGAACCUAUUUCUGCACCAAAACCUGGUUCUAAUUCAUCAAAACCUCGUGCAGCAGUCCCACGGCAGGGUUCACUGAAUGUGGCACCACUACCAGCAGCGGAGUAUCCAUUGAAUCCCUUAGCAUUAUACUACUUUUUUAACGCGCUUAGCAAUAUGUUCCAAAAUCAACCACAACCUAGACCUGGUGGAGGAAGGACUAUGUACCAACAGCAACGCAGAAAUAUGCACAUAAAUGGACCUAACGGUUUAUACAACCAAAAUGGACCAAAUGGUUUGUACAACCAAAAUAAACCUAACAAUCGAAUGCUAGGUCCAAACGCAUAUAGCAAUGUAGGGCGCAGCCGCGCACCAAAUCAGCAACCAACGCGUACUAAUGGAAAUGGCGAACACAAUUUAGGAGACCCGCAUAGUCUUGACAUUCACCAUCAGGCCAUCCACAUGGAGGCCGGAAACGCAAUGACUCCAAAUCUUCACCGACAAGUUCACAGACUUUUAAGACACAGGCAACACUAUGCACAAAGACGUAAUAUGUAUGGCCCAAUGAUGCAAGGCCCCCCUGCAGUUACGGCGAAUCCGGCGAUGUUUGAUCCAGAUUUAUAUGCUGAUUAUCUGGAAGCACAACAGAAUGCACGAGCCGCAUUAGUUGGAUGAGGAGAACAGACUUAAAAUUAAACUGACAAGUAAAAACACCUUACUAAUGCCGUCAUCAUCUGUUCUGUGAUAUUAAUGACGUUAAACAACGCGUACAAUAUAUAUUUAGAAUAAGACAAUAUGUAGAAAAUGUUUUACGUGAGAAUACGACGUCAUCCCAAUAUUGAACUCUUCUGCUUGAGCAAAAAUACUGACUGAAAAAAAACAACAAUAUGUGAAGACGACCAGGUGCUUACCAAUGUCGGUUGUAAUGUCCCUUUCAUUCUGUGAUACUGUUUUGAAAUGCGUAUUAUCUCCCUUGUUGCUAUGUUAACUGCAUAUACCUUGAUAUAUAUACUUCACAAACACAUUCAACGAUCUGUAGGCUGUGUAAAUAUACUUCACUAGAUUAUAGUUAUUUAUUAUAUGUAAUGGCAUAGUGACACAAAAUUGGUGGUUUGCAGUGUUAUAUUCUUUCGUGUUGCAAUUUUACAAAAUGAGAUCUCAUAAAAUCAUUUACAAGGAAUGUUCUUUAUGUCUAAACUUGGGAACUUUGAAUCAUAGACGCAUUAGUUUAUGCAAACAUUUCUGCUGCUUACUAAAGAGGGUUGUCUAAAGUAACAUUAACAAAACAUAUCGCCGUUGCUUUUUUUCAUUUUGUGUGGAGCAAAGAAUGAUCUUUGUUCAACUACAGUGUCAACAAAACAUGAAUCUCGGAAUUUCAAAAUCACCUUAACCUAGUUUUAGCUCGCUAAAAUGACUGCUUACCUGUGACUAUGCAUGACCAAAGUCUUGCAAACGGCCAAGAGUGUUGUAAAAGGGUAUAUAUGUUUGCUGUUGUUGAAAUGGUUCUGUUUGUCGCGUUUGGAAAAGGAAGCGCUGAUGCCAACACUUUGUAGUGAGGACCGGUGAUAUUAAUGUGCCAUAAGUGACCAUUUGAUUUAAGUAGAUAUAACAUAAUUAUAUUAUUUAUACUGUACUUAACGACAAAGACAAAAUAAUGUAAGUCACCGGAAGAAGGUUGAGGUUUUAACAUUUUUAUUUGAGUAUGAGCAAGAUUUGGUGUUAAAGAUCUGAGAAAAGUCUGUACGAACAUGUCGAUGAAUGAAACAGUACCCGGUCACGUGACCAUUUACAGACUUUGUUUUGUUUAUUCUUUAAUUAAGGCUGUGACUAAAUACAGAGUUGGUGCGCCCGUGAUAUAUUACAGACUCCGGUAUAUACCGGAUUAACUAAAUUUGAACAAAAAUACCUUAAAUGUAUAUAUUUUGUAACCAUGGUGAUUCUAACCCUAACCUUUAGUCAAUAUAUUAUGCACAUUAUACACUAAAUGCAUGCGGACAUGCAAAAAAAUGAGUAUUUUUGCCGUGCGUUCCAUUUGAUAAUAAUUACGCGCAUGCGCCGAACGGCUGCACCAACUCUGCAAUGAGAAACAUUCUUUAAUUAGACCGUGCAGGGAGUGUGUAUCUAUUCUUUUAAUGAGUGAUUACAACAUUAUUUUUUAAAAUGUGCUACGUUCCAAAAUAUCUGCAUCAGAUAUUGCAUAACAAAAACUCUGCCUGGAUCUUAUACGUUAUAAAAGUUGUAUGCAUAUUAUAUAUUUCCAUUUUAGUUAAAUAUGAAAUUAAAUAUGUAUUGUUAAAAGCAUUAAGGAAUAAAGACGCAAAUACCAUAA